AUGGGGCUGGGAGACCAGACGGCUCAGACAAGCCACGAAUCUGCUGCUCGGAAUGCAAUGGCCACGGUGGAGAGGCUUUUCUGUUUGUUGGAAGCUCACGGUGCCCGCCCGUCUGUGGAAGGGCUGGGCUGGGCCCGUGAGAACUGGAGUAACUGUCAGAGUGUGGCGGAGCGGAUUGUGGCCCUGCAGAAGGAGGCACGGGCCAAGUCGGGAAAGGGCAAAGCCUUCAUCUGUGCAGUUUUGGGUGCGUGUUUGGCCGCUUCAAUAGAUGAAAAGCAAAGCCAAAACGGACGAGAGAAUAAAAUAAUUUCCUCCUUGCAGGAUCUGGUAGAUUCCCUGCAAGGGCAUAUUGUAACUGCCAUAAAUAACAGGCACAAACUGGCAUUCAUGCAAGUUAAGGCUUUAAUAAAGUUGCAGGAAUCAAGCAAUGUACAGGCCUGGGCAGACGAAGUGGCAGAUCUUAAGGAUAGAUUAAAAACAGAACAGAAGUGGCAAAAGAGGUUUUUGAAGGAGGAAGAGUUAAAGCAGACAGAGCCUGCCUCCAUAUACCCCCAGGCAGAACUGGCAGCAGCAGAGGAAGCUGCGGCUCACAUGUGUCCUCUCAUUAAAACCGAGAUGCUGUAUGAGGAUGAGGAUGGCACCCCUGCCAUCACAACGAAAGAGAUACCCUUUUCUUCCACUGAGCUGGCCAAACUGCGUAGAGAGUUUACACGUUCGGCUGGAGAGUCUGAGGUGGAAUAUGUAUGGCGUGUCUCUAAAACUGGAGGUGAUCAAAUUAGGUUGACAGAGGCUGAAGCUACAGGCUACUGGGGUGCUAAUGUGUUCCUAACUACGGGCAAUAGGAGUGGUCCCUGGAGCCUUACUCAGCGAGCAGCUUUCUGGGCUGGGGGCUUUGAUUCAAAGGAGAGAGGAGAGCCUCUAGUUCUGAGGGGAGGCAUGAAUCAGAUAAUGGAAAAUGUGCAGAAGGCAGCUUGUUUGCAAAUGGUCUAUGAUCGAGAACUGAAACAUCAUUUUGAAUCACCCCUUUCUCUCUUGGUGGACCCAAAGCGAAUGACUCCUUUGGUGAGGGGACUUCCUGACUCCCUUAAGAUGAAAGGCAUUCAGCUUCAAAAGGAGAUAGCUGACACCCCACAUACCUCCCGAAUACAAGCUACUCUGAGGGAGAACUUGACACCCGGGAGGAACCAGCCUGAUUGCAGACAAUGGACGUGGGAGGAGGUGGCAAGAGAGCUAUUAGACUAUGCCAGGCAGUAUGGGGUGCCUGAGGAAGUUCAUAAGCCUGAGCCUAGAGGCUUGAGGCAUGUGGAAAUUAAUCACCCACUGCCAAGUGCAGAUCCCCGGAGCCAGAUGCUUCGAAUCCCCAAACGACACUCGACUGGGGGAAGGGAGCAUCUGAAUACUAGACAGGAUCUAACUUUCAUCCUUCGUACUCAUAAAUUGUAUGGUACACCAGUGUUUGAGACACAAUUUUGCCCCUCCGAGUCGCAGCAGUGCAGUCACUGCAAUUCCGGGCUUGUUCCAGGACAGGAGGCUUAA